UUACUACAAAGCUAAGUUCACAUGUUCGAAUCUCUAUUCGUACAAAAAUUGAUUUUGUGUUUUUCGAUAGUUUUAGUUUAGAAUACUAUAAUGGAAUAUUCUUCCGCUUGUAUUCUGACAGAAUAAAACUUAUAUAAAAAAAAGGGGGAAAAGUCGUUAAAUGCUUUCCGAUGCUUGGCUCUCCAAUGCUAAGAAAGAAAAAAAUCGUCUUUAUAGUUCACUCGCGUCUAUAGUCCACUCUUGCAUAUUUCUACGUUAAUAUUUUAGCUAUAAAUAGUUCUCAACAAAUUAAAUUAGAUAGUAGUUUAUAUCAACAAAUGUGGAAUUCAGCUGAUUUAAAUCCAGAUCUGUUGACUAAUGAAUUAACGAAAAUAUUCACAUACAAUGAUACAGCAACAAAAUUUUAUCAAUAUAAGGAUGAUUAUUUUAAUUAUGAUCAAGCAUCAUCAUCAUCAAGCAGUGGUUCUGGAGGAGUCGAAGGCAGCUUGCUUGACAUUUUUAGCUUGGGUUUUGGAGGAAGUGGAUCUUCGUCAUCUGAUCAAGAAUCAUCUACAACAAAACAAAAUAUAUAUUCAUCGGAAGAUAUAAAACGAUGGUUUACACAGCAUGCUGUUGAUUUAGAAUGGACUGGACAAAAAUGGUUUCCUAAAUCAUUCAAUGUAUCUCGAAUAGCAGACAUAACAGAAAAACUUCAAAUAGCUCUCAUUGCAACACGUUUAACAGCUGACAGAGAUAAUGGUGCUAUCAUACGAACAGUCAAUGGUAUGAAUUAUAUUAUUAUCACAACAUCAACAUCGACAUCAACAAAAUCAUCAACGACAAAACCAUUAACAACAAAACCAUCAACAACAAAACAGCCAACAAGAAGAGGUAAUUAG